ACCAUCACAGUUCAAGUCUUGGGGUCCAACCUGCGCCAACUCCAAUGGCUUCCACCCAACGCACUUCCCAAUCGCCUUCUCUGCUCCCUCUGCGUUCAAAAGCGAGGUUCAACUGGAUCAAGACAUAUUUUCUCCUUCUUCAUACAAUUCUUUUCGAGACGGUAUACCGUUCAAUGGAGGAUCGUCUCUGAUGCACAAGACCUCUCCUGACGAUGCUGCCGGCAGCCCGGGCACCGACGGAGACGCUGGUAAUGUGGCCGAGGACGCUGAAGAGAACUCUGCUGCCAACGAAGGCGAAGAUGAGGAGGAACUGAAGAAGCGCAAGCCACACAAGUGUGAAACUUGCGGUGCCUGCUUUGCGAGGAAGGUGCAUCUUCAACGACACUCGUUGCGGCAUUUCACGUGCAAGCCGUAUGUCUGUGAAAUGUGUGGCAAGUGUUUCAGCAGACAGGAUUCUCUGGUGCGCCAUCAUCGGCUGCUUCACGAGCGCGACUCGCGCAGCAAAGGUGUGGGCGCAAAGGGCUCAGGAUCCGUGAUCCGAAACAGGUCUCCCAAGGCCUGUCUCAGAUGCUCACAGCUCAAGACACGAUGCGACGGCAACGAGCCCUGCGCAAGAUGCAUCUCACACGGUCUUGGUGCGCCUGGAGAUUGCGUCUACAGACCCACGGCUGCGCAGCGAAGUCGCAGCGCUUCAAUGCGCGGCAUGGGAGCGUCCUCGUUCGCUGCAGAAAAGACGCUCGAAGAUGUCGAGAGCGACGACGAUGGCGCUGGACCUUCUGCACAGGAACCGCAACGCGGACGACCCUUGUCCAGAUUUGGCAACCACUUGAAAAAGACUAGUCCAGCUUCGAAUGCCGGAAGCAAUGGCAGCGCGAGUGCAGUCAGCUUAAACGAAGGUGGCGCGAGUGUCUUCAGUGCGAGCUACGACGAUGCUGCUCAUGCUCCCCUUAGUCCUCAUAGCUGGGCGUCCACGUCCAGCAUGGGCAACCACUUUGCUACGAUGCACUUGCACCAACCACAUCCGCCUAUCAUGCACCAGCAUGGCCCUCACGGUUUCCAACAUCAGAGAUCUAUGUCGCAGCAGGCUACGCCUUCCCAGGCACCGUUUGCAAGGUCCAAUUCGUUUGAUGUGCAUGGCCAGCAGUUCCACGCGAGCGGGUCUCAAACACAAUCUCAGCCCACCAACCAGAUGUUUGGUACGUCGCUACCUGAAGACUACCAACUGGCUCUGGCCCAAGCUGCCUUUAUGCCGUCAGAGUAUGGCCAUUCUUCGCGGGAUACAAACGGACCUUCGCAUACAGCAGUGGGCUUCGCGCCCCCACAGCCACACAAUAUGCAAGGCCCACCCUUGACUCACUUCAACGAACAACACAACAACGUCGAGGCGGCGCAGCAACACAUGUCAGGCGCAGGAAGAGGCACAAAUGGAGCCUCAGGGACAGCGUCUGCGGUGUUUGACGCCACGACGAACCACGGCGAUAUGCUCAACUUUGAUUGGGCUGGGCUAAUGAAUGCUUCGCAGCAAGCCGAUCACGCAGCAGAGAAGAUUGUCGGCAAUCCAGAGGCGCAGAGCGCAUCUUCGCGAAGACCCAGCCAAGCUAGGACAGAAGCGUCGGGCGCUUCUCACGAACCCAGCCUAGGCGAUCCUCUCGCGUUCAGCGUCAACGCUUCAUCUGCUCCCCUUCUGCGCAACACUGCAGUGUUCCUGGCUCCUGGAAUGAGCGGCUUGGAUCUGGACCUGCACUUGGCCGACUCUCCCAUGUCGGCGGGAUCCGGCUCGAUCGCCUCCAAUCACUCUGCCAUCGGUGGCCACAAUGCUAUGAUGGGGGCUGGGCAAAGCAUCGCGUCACCGGACAUUUUGGGCAACACGCACCUUUGGUAGGAGAGCGAAGAUCUUGGCAUCAAACAGAUUAGCCUGUUGCGGCCUUCGGAAGAGUUGUCCGGUCGUACCCGCCAUUUGGCAAAGGUGUCCGUAGUGG